AUGACAUUUUCAAAGAUUCCGACGCCUCGGGUCGAUCCCGUAACCGGUGAAACGUAUUACACCCGAGAAGAUGCGAUGAAUUUAAGUCCUCAGCAAUACGAAGAAUGGGUUUAUUCAAAUAAAACAGUACAUGUGAACGAAGUUCGUUUGUACGAACAGAAAUUUUGGAAUAUUCUACUAACAAAAUCUCCGCCAUUCCUACCGUUACUAUUUUGGCCGUUCGUUAUUUACUAUCUGACAACACCAAUGACAUUCCUUCGAUUCAUGUGGAUAUGCACCGGAUUGCUCCUUUGGUUUCCAAUGGAAUAUGUAUUUCAUCGCUUUCUUUUUCAUCUACCAGUCGUCGGCAUCCGUUCCCAAAAAUUUCAUUUUUUCCUACACGGAAUUCAUCAUGUUGCCCCAACUGAUCUCUGGCAUGUCUUUUCUCCAGUUUAUGAACUAGGCGCACAAGCUUUUCUUAUCUGGUGUGUGUUCAACAUUCUCCAUGUGCCUGAUCCUAAUGCAUUAGUAUCGGGUUUACUGAUUAAUUACAUUCGAUAUGAUUCGAUUCAUUAUUUAAUUCAUGCAUACACACCAGAUCAAAUUGGGAAAAUACCUUUCGCGGGAGGUUAUUUGAAACAAUGUGCCAUUCAUCAUCGUCAACAUCAUUUUUCUAAUCCGAGAAAACAUUUCACUAUCAGUUUUAAAAUAUUCGCACACUAUUCAGACGAGAAAAUUUCAACCAUGGAGAAGCCGAUGACUAACGGAAUGAAAGGAACUUGGCUACCGAUUCAAGCAUCACGUAGCGCAAGAAAUACAAUCAAUCCCAUCAGACGUAUUGUUGAUCGAAUGAAAAUAAGUCCUAAUCCAGCUAAAGAGAUGAUUUCGUUAUCAAUUGGUGAUCCAACGCAUUAUGGAAAUAUGUUGCCGCCUGUUGAAGCUCUGGAAGCGAUUGUCGAAGCUGUACAAUUACCGACGUGUCAUGGCUAUGCACCAUCGUUCGGUACAUUAGAUGCACGAAGAGCAGUCGCUCAGUUUUGGUCUCGAUCUAAUUACAUUGUCAAACCUGAAGAUGUUAUUUUAACUAGUGGUUGUUCUCAUGCAUUAGAAAUGUGUGUUGAUGGUCUGGCUGAUUCAGGUGAUAAUAUUCUACUUCCAAGACCUGGUUUUUCACUUUAUGUAACACUAUGUCAAUCGCUUGGUAUUGAACCUCGAUUUUAUGAUUUAUUGCCGAAUGAACAAUGGCGGGCUGAUUUAAGUCAUCUGGAAUCAUUGAUCGACGACCGAACACGGGCUGUUCUAAUUAAUAAUCCCAGUAAUCCAUGCGGUGCUGUUUAUUCGGAAGAACAUCUUCGCCAACUGAUAAAUAUUUGUGAAAGAAAUCAUUUGCCUAUCAUUGCCGAUGAAAUCUAUGCGGAUAUGAUCUUCAGUGGUAACCAAUUUCAUUUUCUUGGAAUGCUCUCCGAAAAUGUUCCUGUACUUUCAUGCGGCGGCAUUUCGAAGCGAUUUAUCUGUCCAGGUUGGCGUGUUGGCUGGAUUGUAAUUCAUGAUAGACAUAAUCUUUUUAAAGACACGAUUAAACCAGGUUUAAUGGAUUUAUCCAGUCGUAUCCUCGGUCCGAACUCAGUCACACAAGCAGCCAUGUCUCAUAUUCUUUCUGAAACACCUGAUUCUUACUACGAUGAUAUUCUUCAACAACUUCAGAACAAUGCAGAAUUCGUUUAUAAUUCGCUUUUAGAAGCGCCAGGUCUCCGUCCAACUAUGCCGCAAGGUGCAAUGUACAUGCUGAUCGCAAUUAAUCCAUCAGCUUUUCUUGAUAUUCAAGACGAUAAAGAAUUUUUUACAAAACUACUCUGUGAAGAAUCGAUUUCAUGUCUCCCUGCCUCCGUAUUUGGUAUUGAUAAUUUUAUUCGUAUCGUUCUUACAACGCCGAUGGAGAAGACAGAAGAAGCAUGUCAACGAAUACUCGAAUUCUGUCACCGCCAUGCAAAAACGAUUGCGUGA